AUUUAGUCAACAUGCUACUGUUGCAGUAUGUUGGCCUAUAAAGCAUUUUUUGCAAAUUAAUUAACGUUUAUUUAAUUUAGUUGGACUUACAGCCGACUGUCAUUCCCUCGUAUCAACAUUGCAAGUGUCAAGGCAAACAGACUCAUAAUUUCGCCAAUAACAUAAUUCAACGACUUUCAAAUAAAACAACACUUUGUUAAAAUACAGAUAACUCGACUGAAUUGAAAAUAAAGCCCCCUUUUCUAAAAGCCUGCUGAUCAUCCUAAGUGCCCUAGCCUUCUUGUUAGCAGUGCCAUUCUCAAAGUACAAGAGCCUUUUUAUGUACAACCUACAAACAAUCAAACAAGAAUUUCAGAUCUGGAGGUUAAUAUGCGGAAGGUUUAUUUGCCUGGACCUGACACAUGCAUUCUGUAGUAGCCUCCUUAUCUACAAUUUCAGGAUUUUUGAAAGACGAUACGGCAGCAGGAAAUUUGCAUCAUUCUUAUUGUGCUCUUGGGUUUUCUCUGCCUUGUUCGACACCCUGCUUGUUGAAGCUCUGCACUACGCAUGUGAUGUGAAAGUGGAUGUCCUACCAUCGGGGCUUUUGGCUCCUGUUUUUGCUUUGUUUGUGCCGUUCUACUGCUCCAUUCCAAGGGUUCAGGUGACUCAGGUCCUUGGGCAGUUCACAAUCACCAACAAGUCCUUAGUCUACUUGGUGGGUCUUCAGCUUUUAACAUCAAGCUCUUUCAUGUGGAUCAUUGCCCUUAGUGGACUGACUUCUGGCAUGCUUUACCACAAGAAUGUUUUUAAAACGCAAAAUGUUAUAUUCAUCCCCGACUGGGUUGCCCGAUGUGGCUCUUACACCCUUGAGCCUCUCUUCUCCAUCGAUGAGCCGACCCUCGAGUCUGCUGUUGGAAUGGGAGCCACACUGGACAUCCAGCGGCAACAGAGAAUGGACCGGCUGGAUCAACAGCUGCUGCUUUCACAGCUCCCACACAUGAGGAGGAACACACAGCAGCAGGGAGGUCAAAUCAACUGGAACAGGUUUUUCCCCUCUCUGCGUCAGAGGUGGAACGCUAACCAUCAAGCUGAUCCACGGCUGGCCCAAAACACUCCUGCCAAUCCCCUCCAAGAAGUGUCAGAAGAGCAGGUGGCUAGACUUAUGGAGAUGGGCUUUUCCAGGGUGGAUGCUUUAGAAGCACUAAGAGCUUCAAAUAAUGACAUUAAUAUGGCUACUAACUUUCUACUACAGCACUGAGAGCUGUUUCACAAAUGUGGUCAACGUGGUCACACAGUGAGAGAAGGAAUAACGUCACAUACCAAGUGGGUAUUUUGAAGUUCCUUUAUAAAACACUGCUAGUUUGCAUUUUUAUUUCUUUGAAAUGGGCGCUAAACAACCGGAAAUUACUGUGUGGUUUCAGAAGGGCAGUAACAGGAUGGAUAGUUGAUGAUUGCAAGAUCAUAUUUAAUUGUUAAGUAUACGCAUUAAAAAGUAUAGAUGAUAUUCUAUUGCAUGUUUAAUUGAAGGAGUUUUUUAAAACAUAUAUAUAAAAAAGAAUCUGGCAAGUUCUUAUAAAUUACUAGGAGUCUCAAAAUGAAUGCACUUGUGCUGGUAAAGGGUUUAUCAUGUCAAAUACAGUGAACUUGGUAUUUGCUUUAUAAUCCCUAAUUACUGAAUUGGUGUUUAACUUUGCAGUCUGAUGAACAUAACCUUUAGUGAGUAGAGGUGCUACUUUUAAUUUUACUUUAUAUAUACUGUAAUGAUGACUAAUCGUACCUUUUAAUAUUAAAUAUAAACAAGAAUAUACUGUGUUUGCAUGAACACAUUGUAUUUGUAUAUGUCUACCGGUACUUUAAUUUGUCGGAAAAACAAAACAGAUCCCAUGGUAAUAAUGGUGAUCAAGCCAUUAAAAUAAUAUCUCAUUUUUCUCAUCAGCAUUCACUUCAAGUUAUGAAGUUGCACCAGAAAAUGUUCCAACCCUACAGUUUGUUUUCAUAGAACACCACCUGUGUUAUUAGAUUUGUUCAUGAAUGUUCUUGCACACCACAAUAUAAAGCACACAAAUGGAAUGUAUGAAUACAGUAUAUGGCAAAUGGUCUGUCACUCACUUGCAAGGUUUGGUUAAUUAAAAAGUAAGCAGUUGUUUUUGUAAGUCCCCUUUUGUAAGUUAAGCACUUUCCUGCAAAUGAUUUUAAAGUCUUUAAUAAAGCCUACCUCACCGAC